UUUUUUCCAAGCAAUGGAAAAGCAACAGUGUAAGAAGCAGCCGUUGGCACCACACAGGAAAUUCACAGCCCGGGAUGGACCUCAGUAACCCUCAGGAACAGCCCAUAGCUGCAGAGGAACAAGAGGAUUUGACAGACUGUAAUCUGAACAAAUCCCAGGAAAUGGAAAGCAUGGAUAAUGUGGAAGAUAUGAAGGAACACAAUCAGUCUAAUGAAGAAGCAGGAGAUGAUGUGAUUAAAGUGAAAGGUGAAUACAGUGAAAGAGAGGAGAGUGCUUUAAAUUCCGAGCCAAUGGAAAACCUGGAAGAAUCCGAACUGCCUUACACAUAUCCCAGAGAAUAUAACGAAUAUGAGAGCAUUAAACUGGAAAGACACUCGGGUUCAUAUGACAACGUCAGGCCAGCUAGUGGAAAGAUGAAUUGUGAUAUCUGUGGAUUAGCCUGCAUUAGCCUCAAUGUCUUGAUGGUUCAUAAGCGUAGCCACACUGUGGAGAAGCCAUAUAAAUGUGAGUUUUGUGGAAGGAGCUACAAGCAGAGGAGCUCGUUAGAGGAGCACAAGGAGCGGUGCCGGACUUACCUGCAGAACGCUGGCAUGUGUGAGGCUGCCAGCGUGGAGGCAAGGCACAUCAAGGCAGAGAUGGGGACUGAAAGAGCCCUUGUGCUGGACAGGCUAGCGAGCAACGUGGCAAAGAGAAAAAGCUCAAUGCCUCAGAAAUUUAUUGGUGAGAAACGACCCAGCUUCGAUGUCAAUUAUAACUCCACUUUCCUGUACGAAAAGGAGAGCGAGAUGAUGCACGGGCGCAUGAUGGACCAGGCCAUCAACAACGCCAUCACCUACCUCGGGGCCGAGGCCCUGCGCCCGCUCGUGCAGACCCCGCCGGCGCCCACGGCCGAGAUGGUGCCGGUCAUCAGCAGCCUGUACCCGCUGCCGCUGCCCCGCGCCGACGUCCCCAACGGCACCGCGCCGGAGGCCGACAAGAGCCACGGCCACCUCAGGGACAAGAGCCUGUCAUCCGACAGGGGCCUUUCCCCGAACAACAGCGGCCACGACUCCACAGACACUGACAGCAACCACGAGGAGAGGCCCAAUCCCACCUUCCACCAGAGCCAGGUGAUCCCGGCUCCGAGCCGCAACGGCCUCCAGGCCCUGAAGGAUUUCCCGAGGCCGUACGACAUCAUCAAGCCGCCCGCCAUCUGCCCACGCGACGCCUUCAAGGUCAUCAACAAGGAAGGGGAGGCCAUCGGGGCGUACCGGUGCGACCACUGCCGCGUGCUCUUCCUGGAUUACGUGAUGUUCACCAUCCACAUGGGCUGCCACGGCUUCCGCGACCCCUUCGAGUGCAACGUCUGCGGCUACCGGAGCCACGACCGGUACGAGUUCUCCUCACACAUAGCUCGGGGAGAGCACAGAGUCGUGCUCAAGUGAAAGGACCGGUUCUCCGAGGUCAAAGGCUGUGUUUGCCAUCGGAGGGGAGGUUGGUUGGGGUUUUAAUUAGUAUAAUGAAAUUUCUUGAGUAUUUUUCUAGGCCAGUUUUAAGUGUGUCACAAGGAGGUGACACCUUUUUAAAUUUGUCUUUCCCAAUAAUUCAGUGUUCUGUAGCAUCUCUGCCUGGCUGCUGUGGUGAGUGGGACUGUGGGAAACACCAGGAGCAGAGACUGUUUUUGAUAUGAACUUUAUUUUUGUGAAACUUCAGAGCCAUUUACGAUGUUUUCAAUUUUUAACUUGUGUUUGUUUUUAUAGAGUUUGCUUUAAGUCAGCACAAAAGGCUUUCAUGCCAAUUCCCCUGCUCAUUCAGGUGAAUAGUCAGAGGUGUGUUGGAGGAGCUUUUCCUAGUUAUAAUCCCAAUGGCCUCCAGUGGCUCAUCACCAAAACAAGGAAAACGAGGACAGGAAAAGGGAGGGAUUAUUAAUUCCUCUUUAAAGCUUUUCCCCUAAGCCCUAACAAGAGUGUGGCACACUUUCAUCUUUCUUACCCCACUGCUGACUUUCUUUAAAGUUACUCAGUAAGAGGAAAAUAAGAAAUGAGACUUAUUUGGGGUUGGGAUUUUUUUAACAGUACAUGUUUUUGGGAUACGCAGUGAGGUCACUGGUUGGCUCAUCCAUGUGGCCUGGAGGAAAUCCCGAUUUUCAUUGCUGGAAACUCCUCCUUUCUCAUGGGUGCCGAGAAUGAGGAUGAAGCUGUGCUGUGUGUUGUGCCUCUUCCUUGCUCCCACAGCAGGACAUGUGGCCGUGCCAUCCGUGUCCCCGCAGGGUGGCCCUGGCUGGCUGUGGACAGGUGAGACCCCAGGCAGGGGUGUGAGAGCCACACCCACACCAGGACAGCCCUCGGGAGGUGCUGCUCCACACCCUGAGCAGGUGCCAUCCCUUUGAAGCUGGUUUUUACAGCAGCUCUUUGAAUCUCCCCAUGGCCCUGCAGCUGUGUUGGUGUCCCUGCACUGGAGAGGGAUUUGGUAACGGCUUUGCUGAGUGAAGGUUUAGUCUUUGCAAAAUAUUUUUGUAUCCCAUAGUUAGGAGUAUUCUGAUGGACUUUCUGCAUCCCCUGUGUGGUUUGAGAGCUGUGUUGCUUUUGUGUUAUUCCUGGUGAUCCAAUCACUUCCCCGAGGGAAGGCUGAAGAGAUGAGGGUCAAGAAGUACUGAAAUUCAUCCCUCCCUCUGGAUUCUUUGGGCUCAAUUAUUUCCUCCCUGAAUUUUAAGGUACAAAAUAAGAAAUUUAUACUCAUAUUUUCCACUAAAGAUGGAUCUGGAGAGGGAUAAUCAGCCUGCAGUGUGUCUGAGUAUCCAAGUGCUGUGGAAGUGCUAAUCCAGGAUCCUGCUAUCCCUGGGGUUGAGAACUCUCCUGCUGUUAUGUGUGGAGCUGUAAAGCAGGUUUAGGAUGUUUCCAAGAGCUCCAUCAUGAGAAAGGUGCAUGUUAUCUCUCCCCAAGUGAACACCUGUGUCACAAUGUGACCAAAGCUCUACCUGUGAGGGAGGCCAGAGUUCCACCAAGGAUCAGCCCCAAGGGCCAAGGUUUGGGUCCAGAAAAGAGAGGGAAAGGGAGUGAGAGAAUUCCCAGAGAACAAAGAGAAGGUUCCACUGCUGCCCUGACAUUUCUAAGUCCGACAUUUUUAGGACAUUGUGGUUGUCUUUAUCCAUUUCUAAUUUUGUGACAAGCUUGCUUUUCAAUGGCUUAGUUUUCAAGACCAAAGAAUUGUCAAUAAAUGAAUAAAAUAUUUAAAUAAU